AGCACAAAACAAGCCCCCGGAAACAGCCUUCGCGCAACACGAUUGGUGAAUUUUCAGAGUGUCGUCAUAUACCCGCGCUUUGUUUGGAACGUCAGCUCUUUGGCGGGAAUUAGGCUCCGGGAAGAGACAGGCAACGAUUGUUUUGAGAUAUUUGAAAUGCAGUUUCCAGUCAGAAGAAAGAAGCUGAUCGGCAGCUCUCAGAAUGAUCUGUAUGAUCUGUAUGAUCACUGUCUUCAGUUUUAUGGACAGCCUCCUCUGGAGAACAUCUCUCUCACUGAGUUUGAAACCUUUGCAGUGGAGAGAUUGAAAUUGCUCAAGUUUGUCGAAAACCUUGGGGUGAGCUUUGGGAAAAAUUCUGAACAAUACGGCAAGAAAUUGGAAGCUGAAAUUUCAAGUCUGAACUUUCCACACAAGGCAGAACUGAGUGAACCGAAGGUUCCGGGAGGAAUAUCUGAAUAUGACAAACGAAGAAAAGACCACAUCUCCCAUUUUAUUCUGCGCUUGGCUUAUUGCCAGACGGAGGACCUCAGGCGAUGGUUUAUCCAACAGGAAAUGGAUCUUUUCCGCUACCGAUUUAAUUACCUUCUUUCAAAGCACAAGGCUGACUUUUUGCAUAAAAAUAAUUUGAAGUACGAGACGGUAAGUGCAGAGGAGAAGAAAAACCUACAAGACAAGCUCAUCGCGUCCAGUUAUGGAUUAAGUGGAGCCAAAGUGCAAGAAUAUGAUGUCUACAAAGUGCCAUUCCAGGAUGCCCUGGAUUUAGUGCGCACAAGGAAAGUCUACUUGCUGGCUGGAAAUGCUUACAUUCCCCACUAUGAAAUUGUCACGAUUGUUCUUAAUGACUUCCGAACAAGACUGUCCAAAGCACUUGCGAUGACUGCACGAUCCCUGCCAGUGGUACAGUCUGAUGAACGACUCCAGCCUCUUUUGAGCCACCUCAGCCAUGCCUAUGUGGGUCAGGACUACAGCAUUCAGAAGAACAUCGGGAAAAUUUCUCUUGAGCAGAUUGAUGCUCUCUCGGUCAAGUCUUUUCCUCUGUGUAUGAGGCAUCUCCACAAGGCACUGAGAGAGAACCACCACCUGCGGCACGGUGGGCGCAUGCAGUAUGGCCUCUUCCUCAAGGGCAUUGGUCUUUCUCUGGAACAGGCCCUGCAGUUCUGGAGGUCAGAGUUUGUCAAAGGGAAAGUCGAUGCAGACAAGUUUGAUAAAGCAUAUGCCUACAGCGUCCGCCACAUGUUUGGGAAGGAAGGCAAGCGCACUGACUACACCCCCUACAGUUGCAUGAAGGUGAUUUUGUCAAACCCACCCAGCCAAGGCGACUACCACGGCUGCCCAUUCCGCCACAGCGACCCUGAGCUGUUGAAACAGAAGCUGCAGAACUAUAAAGUCUCCCCUAGUGGGAUCAAUCAGAUCCUGGAGCUGGUCAAGGGAAUGCACUAUCAGCUGGCCUGCCAGAAGUACUUUGAGCUGACACACAAUGUCGAGGAUGCUGGGUUUUCUCUCAAUCACCCUAACCAGUACUUCACUGAGAGUCACAAGCUUCUCAGUGGAGGCCGGGACAUCAAGAAAGAAGUCGAUGUGUCGCAAAAAAGCCAAGAAAAUCCUGCCAACGUGCCCCGUCCUUCUCAGGCAAACUCCAAACAGGCCCAUGAGGAGAUGGGGGAUUUAGACUCCUUCUUCCAGGAUGAAUGAUUUUGUAGAAGUUAAAUCAAAUUUGAAACGAAUAGACCAUAUAGGGCCCAUACUUGCGUUCACUGUAUUUGAUACUAAUUGUGUUUUCAAUACUGGAAAGAUUUGAUCUGGCGGUUUUUCCUUGUCCUUUUGGUAAUAAGAUCUUUUUCAAAUGACCAUUUUAUAAAAAUAAAAUAA